AUGUGGUCAAUUUCAUCCUCUCUCUACACCGUGAAGAGAAGCAUAAUCCCUCUCUAUCCCUGCACCACAAACAUUAACUUUCAAUGCCUUUUCACUUCAUCAAUCUCCAUCUCCCUCAACAACCACCACACCCACAACAUCAUGUUAACCCGUAACCCUAAUCAAAUACCAGAAAUACCCUCCGUGCCAAAAACCGAACCUCCUCCUCCGGUUCCAAAAGAGCAACCUGUGCUUCCAACCCCGGAAAUAGACCCUUUUAUGCCACCCGAAAUAGUCACGGAUCCUCCUUCUACUCCCUUUGAGCCGGAUGCUCCCAAACCGCCGCUAUCACCGCCCGGGCCUGACAUGCCGCUUCCUAAGCCACCGGAUACGCUGCCGCCACGCCCACCGGAUGUGGUGCCGCCGCAUCCUCCGGGACCGGAUAUUGUGCCGCCGCCAACGACUCCGCCGGAUAUUGUGCCACCCACUGGACCAGCUAUUAUUCUGUAG